GAUAAAGUCAUCAGUGCAGAUGUGGGCAUCUACCGAAUAGUUCCCAGAAAGGAAGCAUGUAAGCGGGUUGUUGGAUCAGUUCUCUUUCCAAGAAGGUCUCUCCACAAUCAGCACUGGCCUGCAGACUCCGUUGUUUCAUAGAUAUGGCUGAUGUUUGUCCAUCCACCAGAUAUCCAGGGAUAAAACUGAGAGCCUAAGGACGGACCCACCCCCGCAUCUUUCCCACCUCUGCAUGACUUAUUGGUACAACUGGCCACACUGAAUGUUGGUGACUCCUCUCAGCUGACAUGGAGGCAACGGCAAUAUACAACUUUAAGACUACAGAAAGGGAUGAACUGCCAUUUAAAAAAGGGGAUAUAAUAAAGAUACUCAACAUGGAAGAUGACCAAAACUGGUUUAAAGCAGAACUUUUUGGAAGAGAGGGCUAUAUCCCAAAGAACUACAUCAAAGUGAAACCCCAUCCGUGGUACGCGGGCAGGAUCUCCCGGCAAGUGGCAGAAGAGAUACUGCUGAAACGGAACUUUGUAGGAGCCUUUUUGAUCAGGGACAGUGAGAGUUCCCCAGGAGACUUCUCCAUCUCUGUCAACUAUGGGCACCACGUGCAACAUUUCAAGGUCCUGAGAGACACUGAGAGCAACGGGAAAUACUACCUGUGGGAGGCCAAAUUCAACUCCUUGAACGAGCUGGUGGACUACUAUAGAAGACACUCAAUUGCCAAGUUCCACGAGGUCUUUCUUUGUGAUGAGGAACAGAAGAGAAAAAUACGCUAUGUCCAAGCUCGUUAUGACUUCACCCCAGAUCAGCCCACAGGACUUUUUUUCAGACGAGGGGACAUCAUUGAGGUCCUGGACUGCUCAGAUCCAAACUGGUGGAGAGGGAGGAUCUCUGGAGUGACCGGCAUGUUCCCACAGAACUAUGUGCACCCAAUCCAUGUUAACCAAAUGUGAAAUGUCAAUGUUUUAGUGUCAUUAGUAGAUUAAAUGUAAGGAUGGUGUGUAUAAAUGUAUAGAAGGCUUAAACAUGGCCGACUUUGACUUUCUGUUUAUGAGAUUGUAACCUCUGUCUUGAGAGUAGAUUCCUAGGGAUGGAUUUGCCUCUCCUGUAUUAUUUGUUAUAUUUGUGUUGUAAUAUGUCACUCUGAGAAUGUAUGCGUGCUGUACAAUCAAUUAUAAGUAAUGAUAAACAC